AUGGCGGAGGAAGUGCAGUGGAAGGUGGAGGCGCCAGCGGUAGCUAGCAGCGCCGAGGUUGGUAAUGGCCAGGUGGAUGAGGCGGUGAACCCGAUCAAUCUACCACUAUCAUCCAGCGCUAACGCCAGCGAGCAACUGGAAAAAAGCAGAUCCAGUGGCCGUAGAGGCCGCACCAACUACUAUCUCUAUUAUCAACGGAUCGACAAAGGAGCUGAUGACCCCUCCACCAUCUCCGCUCAUCGUCCAUUAAUCAGUUGUCACUACUCACUAAAGUGA